AUGACAACUUCUUCUCCCAAAUAUUUACAGGAGGAUAAUCUAAGUGAAGAAUGUAAGAAAUUUCUCUCCAUCUUGCCAAAAGAUAAAGGAUGGGUUGGAUCGUAUAUCUACAAUUAUCAAGGUUUUUGGACACCACCAAGAUUUCUUCAAGGUGUGAUUGCAUUUCAACAACAAUUUCAAGCCGAAGAUAGUGAUAUCAUUCUUGUUACAACUCCAAAAUCAGGAACUACUUGGUUAAAAUCACUUUUAUUUGCUCUGGUGAAUCGAGUGAAACAUCCUAUUUUUGAACCUAAUCACCCUUUACUUGUCAUUAACCCUCAUGUUCUUGUUCCAUUCUUGGAGCAUGAACUCUAUAUUGAUGGUCGAGUCCCUGAUUUUUCAACCUUCACUUCACCUAAACUCUUGGCAACUCAUGUGCCCUUUGCUUCAUUGCCAAAAUCAGUCCAGCAUUCAAAAACCAAACUUGUCUACUUAUGUAGAAAUCCUAGGGACACUUUUAUUUCUAUGUGGCAUUUCACAAACAAUUUACUACUUCAUCACAACGAUACCAAUUCUAUUGAAGAAAUGUUUGAUCUUUUCUGUGAGGGGGUGAGCCUUUAUGGUCCAUUUUGGAAUCACGUGUUAGAUUAUUGGGAAAAAAGCAUAGAAAAUCCUACCAAAAUACUUUUUUUAAUGUAUGAAGAAAUUAAAAAGAAACCAAAAGUUCAGCUUAAACGCUUGGCUGAAUUCUUGGAAUGUCUUAUUUCCCCGGAGGAAGAAAAUUCUGGAGUGGUGGAUGAGAUAUUAAAAAUGUGUAGUUUUGAGAAUUUGAGAAAUUUGGAAGUGAAUACAAAUGGAAAGUUUUCAACUGGAGAGGAAUAUAAUUUGUUCUUUCGUAAAGGAGAAAUUGGAGAUUGGAAGAAUUAUUUUACUACAAAGAUGAGUGAUAAACUCAAUCAUACCAUAGAAGAAAAGUUUCAAGGAUCUGGAUUAAAGUUUUCAUAUGUUUGAUUAGGUAUUAAUAUGCUAUAAUGUCACUGGAAUGCAAUUAUUUAUUUUGAAAAUCAAUGUUGCAGUAUUUGUGUUUAAGAGUAAUAUAACAGAACAAACAACAAAAGUUCUAGUGUCGUAA